AUUCGGCCACAAAAAGUAGCGCCUCCAACAAGCGAACCCCUUCUCGAACAUUCUGGGCCCACAUUGGGCCUAGUCCAAAAGCCCCCGCGGGCCCCACUCUGAAAAUAUGACGCACGCUCACACGCACACAGGCCCAAACCGCGGGCAUCCGAAGGGUAUAAAACGAGCACCAUCUACUUCCCCCCUCUCCAUUUUCAAAGGUUCUAUUUCAUCGAAAACCAACACCACCAUGGGAAGAAGACCAGCGAGGUGUUACCGGCAGAUAAAGAACAAACCGUACCCGAAAUCGCGCUUCUGCCGCGGCGUACCCGACCCGAAGAUCCGAAUCUACGACGUGGGGACGAAGAAGAAGAGCGCGGAGGAGUUCCCUCUGUGCGUGCACCUGGUGUCGUGGGAGAAGGAGAACGUGUCGAGCGAGGCGCUGGAGGCGGCGCGCAUCGCGUGCAACAAGUACAUGGCGAAGAUGGCGGGGAAGGACGCGUUCCACCUGCGCGUGAGGGUGCACCCCUUCCACGUGCUCCGCAUCAACAAGAUGCUAUCGUGCGCCGGCGCCGACAGGCUCCAGACGGGGAUGAGGGGCGCCUUCGGGAAGCCGCAGGGGACGUGUGCGAGAGUCGGGAUUGGUCAGGUGCUGCUCUCCCUACGGUGUAGGGAUGCCAACGGUCACCACGCUCGCGAGGCGCUUCGCCGCGCUAAGUUCAAGUUCCCCGGCCGCCAGAAGAUCAUUGUUAGCAGAAAAUGGGGAUUUACUAAGUUCAGUCGAAGUGAGUAUUUAAAGUUAAAGUCUGAGAACAGAAUUGUGCCGGAUGGGGUCAAUGUCAAGGUUCUUGGGUGUCACGGACCUUUGGCAAAUCGUGAGCCUGGAAGAGCUUUCUUGCCAGCUACAGCUUAGGCCAUGUACCAGUGGGAAGUUAGUUGGAUGUAUGACUUUUCUUCUCACCUGGUGAAUGGAUAUGUUCCAGCUGAUUACAGUCUAUAAAAUUGUGUUUCUUUCUACGUCUUUGUUAGAAGAUAUCUGAAUUAUGUGUCUAACGGUCUUCCAAUAUGUCCCGGGGGCUCGAAAGAUGCACAUUUGAUGUAUUUAAAUCGCAUUAUUCUGUCAGUUUGAACAGUAUAUAAAUAAAUAAACAUGGCCUUUAUCGUGUAUAUUGUUCCUGAACUAUGGUAUGGUUACCAUUAUUGGCGUUCUCAAAUGAAGUAAAAAAUUACGCGCUAUUAACCCAAAAAAA